CCCUGCCAGCUCAUCAUCCUGAACUUUCUCCUGUGCGCUGCUGAUGAAGUUAUUUUGCUGAAUUCUAAAGAGUCACAGGCCGAGCUGGGAUGGACGACUCACCCGUCGGACGGAUGGGAAGAAAUCAGCGGAGUGGACGAGAACUAUAAGCCAAUUCGAACUUACCAGGUCUGUAAUGUAAUGGCUCCCAAUCAAAACAACUGGCUUCAGACUGGUUGGAUUGCACGGCUAAACGGACAGAGGAUCUUCAUUGAACUGAAGUUCACGUUGAGGGACUGUAACAGCAUCCCGGGAGUGGUCGGAACGUGCAAGGAGACGUUCAACCUUUACUACGUGGAGACGGACCGGGACCUGGGCAGAAACAUCAAGGAGGGCAAAUACCUGAAGAUCGACACCAUCGCAGCCGACGAGAGCUUCACGCAGGGAGACCUCGGGGAGCGCAAGAUGAAACUCAACACGGAGGUCAGGGAGAUCGGACACCUCAACAGGAGAGGAUUCCAUCUGGGCUUCCAGGACGUGGGGGCCUGUGUGGCUCUCGUCUCGGUCAGAGUUUAUUACAAAAUCUGCCUGUCCAAGCUGCAGAGUGUGGCCGUUUUCCCGGACACCGUGGCUGAGGCGGCUUUCUCCACCCUGGUAGAAGUGAGGGGGACGUGCGUCAACAAUUCUGAAGUGGAGGUCAACAAUCCCCCAAGGAUGCACUGCAGCGCAGAGGGAGAGUGGCUGGUGCCCAUCGGCAAAUGUACUUGCAGCGCCGGCUUUGAGGAGAAAGACGGAUUGUGUGAAGCUUGUCGGCCAGGGUCUUAUAAGAUGUCAGCUCGAGAGUUGCAGUGCUCCUGGUGUCCUGACCACAGUUACACAGAGACCGAGGGAUCUGCUCAGUGCUCCUGUGAGGACGACUUUUAUAGGAUGCCAUUGGAUCCACCAUCAGCCCCCUGCACCAGACCACCAUCAGCUCCGCAGAAUCUCGUCUGCACCACGAGGCAGUCCACGGUGAUUCUAGACUGGACGGCCCCCAAGGACAGCGGCGGGCGGACGGACGUGAUGUACAGGGUCCUGUGCAGCUGGUGUUCCCUGUUGCUGACCGAGUGCGAGCCGUGCGGCAGCCGAGUGGGGUUCGUGCCCCAGCAGGUGGGACUGGCGGACACCACCGUCACCGUGCUCAACCUCCUGCCGCACCUGAACUACACCUUCAGGGUGGAGGCUGUCAACGGGGUUUCUGAGUUGAGUCGCGCUCCCAGGAAGUACACGGAAGUGGCGGUGAUCACCAGCCAGGCUGGACUAUCGCAGGUCACGGACAUCCAGACAGACCGCAUCGAACAGGACAGCAUCAAGUUAACCUGGCAGGACCCCGACUACUCCACCGGCAACAGCACCGAGUACGAGAUCAAAUUCUAUAAAAAGGAUGAGAGUGACCAGGCGUAUUCGACGGUCAAAACCUCGUCCACAACGGUGACCGUGAAUAAUCUCAGGCCGGGGACAGUCUACGUGUUUCAGAUCCGAGCCUUUCCAUUCUCAGACUAUGGGAGCUACAGUUCAAGCAUUGAGGUGCAAACAUUAGGGGAGCCCUGUGGGUGGAUGUGUAACUUUCUAUUUUUUGUUUUUCCAGUUGCCAUGGUUUCCAGUGAGCAGAACCCGGUGAUGAUCAUCGCUGUGGUCUCUGUGGCGGGCCUGAUUGUGCUUGUGUCUAUGGUCUUCGGAUUCAUCAUAUGGAGGAGACACUGUGGCUAUAGUAAGGCAAGUCAAGAUGGUGAUGAGGAGCUGUACUUUCACUUCAAGAUCCCGAGCCGAAGAACCUACAUCGAUCCAGAGACCUGUGAGGAUCCUGUCCAAGCCGUGCACCUAUUUGCCAAAGAACUGGACCUUUCCUGCAUCAAAAUAGAGCGAGUUAUUGGAGGAGGGGAGUUUGGUGAAGUCUGCAGAGGUUGUCUCAAGCUGCCGAGCAAGCGGGAGCUCCUGGUGGCCAUCAAAACACUGAAGGUCGGCUGCUCGGACAAACAGAAGCGUGUCUUCCUGUCAGAAGCCAGCGUCAUGGGACAGUUCGACCAUUCAAAUGUCAUCCGCCUGGAAGGGGUUCUCAUAAGAGGUAAACCCAUGAUGAUUGUCAUUGAAUACAUGGCAAACGGAGUGCUGGACUCGUUCUUAAGGAAACACGAGGGCCAGUUCACAGUUGUGCAGCUGAUCGAGAUGCUGUGCGGAAUAGCCUCCGGCAUGAAGUAUCUCUCGGAGAUGGGCUACGUGCACAAAACCUUGGCCGCCCACAAAAUCCUGGUCAACAGCAACCUGGUGUGCAAAGUGGCCGGCUUCAGGCAAUCCCAGGACGAAAAAGUGGACCUGGUGUUCACCACUAUGGGUGGGAGGACGUCAGCCUUGUGGGCAGCUCCAGAAGCCAUUCAGUACCACAGAUACAGCUCGGCCAGUGACGUGUGGAGCUUUGGCAUAGUCAUGUGGGAGAUGAUGUCCUACGGAGAGCGGCCGUACUGGGACAUGUCCAACCAAGAUGUGAUUAAGGCUGUCGAGGAGGGCUUCCGUCUCUCGGCCCCGAUGAACUGCCCGUCCCGGCUCCACCAGCUGAUGCUCGAAUGCUGGCAGAAGGAACGCACCGACAGGCCAAAAUUUGCUCAGAUCCUCAGUAUCCUCAACAAGAUGGGCCGCAACCCGGAGAACCUGAAAUCUACCCCCAGCACCAGCAUCAGCAGGUCUCAGAACCUGCACAUCCCUCUCCUGGACCAGAGCUUCCCGGCUUUCCCUUCCUUCGACUCGGUGGGCGAGUGGUUGGACGCCAUCGACAUGGGCAGAUACAAGGACAACUUCACAGCCGCCGGCUACUGUUACCUGGAGUCUGUGGCCAGAAUGACCGUGCAGGACGUAAUGAGUCUGGGGAUUACAUGUGUCGAACACCAGAAACAGAUCCUGAGCAGCGUUCAGACUUUACGGGCGCAGGUUAUACAGAUGCACGGACGAGGGGUUCAGGUUUGACGCUGGCAGAACGCAUUCUGUGAACUCGCAAAAGGCACGCUCGCACACACAUACACACACACACAAGCACGCAAAAGUACACAAAAGAAAACGCCGAGGCAAGAUGCUGUUGAAAGCAAUCAUUUACACAGUGGCGUCUGAGCACUGAGGACAGGGGAAGACUGACUGGAUGAAACACAUACACACACACACACACACGUGUACGAUUGAGGAACAGACAGAGCAUCUAUGGAGCGAGCUGCUCAGAGGAUUGGACACACAGCAUUCGUGUGACGUGACU